AUGUAUUUCUACGCCCCCUUCAAAAAAUUGCUGCGUUGUCUAGCGGUCAUCUUACUCCUCAGGGGCGCUUCCGCGCCCGCAGCCGCAGAACCUGAACAUGAGGACGCGUUCGAUUUCGAUGAGUUCAUCAAACGGCUUAAGGAUGCAGCGCACUACUUCACCGAUUGCACAAUCGACCAACUAGCGCAGUACUGCACCACUGAAACGGCGCUCAACUUUGAAUGUUUCCGUACUAUUGGCAGGUGCAUACCCGAAACCCUGAGAAAGGUGUCCAUGUUUGGUGAAGAGAAACCUGCCGAUGAAGAGGAACCAAUCUCCCAAUCAGAUGAAUUGUAA